CAAGAAUCGGUGGUGAAACCUCUCCAGAACUGGACUGGAGACACUCCUCCUGAGCUAAAGACCCUAGUGCAGGAAUUCUGCCGCGUUGCAAACACAACUAGAGAACACUGUAGUAGUACAGAAAAAGCAUGUUGUCAAGAAGACCGUUCAAGCGCCUGAUAUAACACAGCAAAUAACCGAUAUGAAGAACUACCUGAAUAAUGCAAUUCAUCGAUUCGAGCUGAGAUCGUUGACUUUUAUCAUGCUUCGUACUGGGCACACAUCGGUUCAAUCUGAGAUAUCGAAACUCAAGCGAGCCCCGGCCGAGCACCUUUAUGUGAAAAGCAAAUCAAAGUGCCUACCAGGCACGCGGGAUUGGAUUCAAGAAUCCCUACUCAUGCACCUGAAGGAAGCUGGGAAUCGAUUCGUUUGGCUACGGGGAUCUCCUGGGACAGGGAAGACUGCGAUAUCUAUGAGUGUCGCAUCCACUCUUAAGGAGCAAGGUAUGCUAGCCGCGUCAUUCUUCUGGGAUAAGAACCAGGCAGGAAAGGGCUUGGAUUCUAUCGAACUGUUCCCCUCCACCCUUGCUUGUCAACUUGCAUCCUUCAAUGAAGACUUCAAAUUGUCGCUUGUCAAACGCCUUCGGCAACCAGAUUUGGUCUUUGUUCAGGAUCUCCCUCUGGACAAACAAAUCAAUACUCUGAUGAUUGAGCCGAUGCGUGACUUGAAGGACGUAUGGUCCUCGGGAAAGGAUCACAUCGUUAUUGUCCUGGAUGGCCUUGAUGAGUGCGGGGAUCAUGAGAGACUCGGGUCCCUGAUGGAACUAGUGCUUGCCUUUCAGGAGCUGCCACCGAUAUUUUCUGUGCUAGUUAGUUCUCGUCCUGAGCCAGAAGUCAUUUCAGCUCGGGAUGAAGCUCGGGCCAAGGGUCAUGUCAUACUAUGUGAAGAUUUGGAUGAGGUUGUAUGGGAGGAAGGUUUCCAGACGGUCCGCUGUAUGGUGGAAGAAGGCCUUCAGCACCUCUUUGACAAGUAUUCAUGGAAACCAGACGAGAAGGAACUUGACGCUCUCGCUUGGGCUUGUCGGGGGUUACCUGUUAUGGCAUCCAUCCGGGUCCGCGAUGCUGCCAUGCAGACACGGCGUGGCCGCACCUUACAGUCGGUGUGCUGGGAGUUGCUAAACCUCACUGAUGCACCUACCAACCUCAACUGGGAAUACUUGCGAAUUCUUCGACGAGCCUACACGCUGGAUUCAUCUGAUAUUCAUCCAGAUGUAGCCAAGAAGUACCGCUUAGUGGUUGGCGCAAUUGUUGUGGCGCACGAGCCGAUGAACGUCUCUUUUAUGUCACAGCUUUUCAAGAUUAGCGAAGCUGAGAUCCGUGCGACAUUGGAACCAAUCAGCUCCAUCGUCAACCUUCCCUUAGAGGAUGCAGAGGAUGUGGCCUUAUAUCACGCAACAGUAAAAGAAUUCCUCACAGGGGAACCAAUUGGCGAUGAGAGGGACAAAGUAUUCUUCAUCGAUGAUGUGCAAGGGUACUUCUUUGGAUUGCCGCUCCUUCGACUCUUCAACACUCAUUGUGAGCAGGAUACAUUCGGAAUACCUACGAAUCCCCCUUUCGGAGAUGAAAGAAUAUGGAAGGAAUUUUUGAUGAAAAAGGACGAUUAUCGCGGGCGCUUCCGCUAUGUUAUUGAAUACUUGUACAAGCACUUGGACCCUUCGCAACUUUUUUCACAAGAGUCCAAUGAAUUACAGAACGAGUUUAAUUCCUUCAUCACACAAAAAUACAUCUUGACUUUCGUGCACAUAAAAGAUUCUUACUAUGUAAUUCCUGACGAAUUACUUCAGUUCGGUGUAAGUAUAAACUAUUCAUCCGACGCUUGUCUGAUGUCAUUUUUGAUAGAAUCAUGAUUCAAUCCACCUCUUGAAAGGUUUAUGUGAGGUAGCAGCUGAGAGUCCUGCGGACACACCAUGGCAUCUCUAUCGAUCAGUGCUCCCUUUCGCCCCACCCUCAUCGCCCCUUUACAAACGAUAUGGACAUCU